AUGUCUAAGACUCCAUCGACAUCUGUAUCCAAGACCCCUACUACCCCAACAUUUCCUGGUGCUCCUGGUUGUCCUGGUGCUCCGGCUUGUCCUGGAUGUCCGGCUGGUCCUGGUGCUCCAGCUGGUCCUGGUGCGCCGGCUCCUCCGGAUUGUCCUGGUUGUCCUGGUCCUCCGGCUGGUCCUUGUGGUCCUGGUGCUCCAGCUGGUCCUGGAAGUCCACGACUACGUUGUCCACUGCGUCCGGCGUUUCCUGGUGCUCCUGGUGCACCUGGUUGUCCUGGUGCUCCGGCGUCUCCAGCUGGUCCUUGUGGUCCAGCUGGUCCUGGUCCUCCACCGACGGCGUCUUGUCCUGGUGCUCCCGAUGGUCCUUGUGGUCCAGGUGCUCCUGGAGCUCCGGCUGGUCCUGGUGCUCCGGCUGGGCAAGUGAUGCAUGGUCCGUCGCCGCCGGUGAGUCCGAUAGUCACUCCGUUGGCUCCUGGCUUUCCGGCCUCUCCUGGGUGUCCGGCCUCUCCUUGGGCUCCUGGUUGUCCUGGUGGUCCUGGUGGUCCGGCUGGGCAUCCGUUCGAUUGGGCACCGCAGUUGCAUUGGGCGUUACGCUUGUUGAUUCCACGCUUGAUUCUUCCGAAGAUGUCGGAUGGAGAUUGCAUUGAAUUCCAUGCUUGUUGCUCGUUCGUCUGA